GAGCAGAAGACAAGUUCUUGCACUUUAUAAACAAAUGCUACGGGAAUCAAGUAAAUUUACGGGAUAUAAUUUCAGAAAUUAUGCAAUUCGGAGGAUACGUGACUCCUUCAAAGAGAAUAAAUCGAUUACAAAUCCAGAACAAAUCAGUGGUCUAAUAAACAAAGCAGAAGAGAACUUAGCUGUAAUUAGAAGACAAACUGUCAUUAGCCAACUCUAUGCCGAACCAAAGCUGAUUAUAGAAUCAAGAAGUGAUGCAAAAAUCAAAAGUUGAAUUGGUGCAUUUUUUCCUGUACAAGUAUAUAAGAUAUAUAGUAACAUUUGUUAGUGCUGAGAGACAGUGCAUCUAAUAAACAGGGUACACAUGUUGCAUUUUAUUCAGUGGCAUGGAAUGAAUGUGUGGCUAACAAAUCAUGAAUAUUUUCUUUGUUGAAGAUUGGCAA